GUCAGUUUGACUUGCGAAUCCUAACCGCUGUUCAACGAGCGUUCUUUUUUUUCGUUUAAAUUUCAGUUGGAAACGAUAAAUCCAUAAUUUUCAAACCCAUCGAUCGAUACAUUGAUUACAUUAUCAGAUACAGAAAGUGACCGUGUUUUGAGUUAGUACAAGUUGUACUUGUUGUACUUAAACUUCCAGCUCGAGGCCCAGCAACAAGAGCUCGAGCGGGCAGCUCCGAAAAGUUUGUUGUUGUCACGUGAUGACGAGACGAAUGUGUCGAUAAAGUUUGUUUAGAUAGUUAAACUACUAGGCGGUCUACUACAUUAUACUACUUUAUACUACGCUAUUAACACUUCUUCAACAUCGUGUUUCACCAAACAUGCCUCAACCCAAACAUCGAAAGAUUGCUGUAAUAGGUUACAGAUCUGUAGGAAAGUCGUCUCUUACAAUACAGUUUGUGGAAGGACAGUUUGUCGACUCCUAUGACCCCACCAUCGAAAACACCUUUAACAAAUUGGUCUGUGUGAAUGGUCAAGACUUCAAUCUUCAGCUGGUUGAUACAGCUGGACAAGAUGAGUACUCAAUUUUCCACCAAUCCCACUCAAUGGACAUCCAUGGGUAUGUCCUUGUCUAUGCAGUGACUUCCAAUAAAAGUUUUGAAGUUGUGCAGGUUCUACACGACAAGCUGCUAGACAUGGUUGGGAAGAUUCAGGUCCCAACUGUUCUUGUAGGGAACAAAAAAGAUCUCCACAUGGAAAGGGUUAUCAAGCCAGAGGAGGGAAAGAAACUCGCUGAUUCCUGGGGUGCUGCAUUCAUAGAGUCCUCAGCCAAGGAGAAUGAGACUGCUGUGGAGGUUUUCAAGCGGAUCAUUUUGGAGAUGGAGAAAGCUGAUGGGAACGCGCCCCCAGAGGAGAAGAAGUGCGCUGUGAUGUAAACGUGUACCCAGGACAUCAGUAAGCUCAUUUGCUGAAGACAGGGGGCACAACUUCACCAGCUUGCCAAUUGUGACCUCACCGACACCAAGACACCACAGUGGAACUUUUCUGCUCGACUGUGACACCUCAUUGAUUUACAUAGCAAGGCAACUGCCCAGACGUUGGUAAACUAUCCCACUAAUUGUAACCGCAGGGAGAAGUUUGUAAGAGCAAGAUUCAUCUUUGUUUUAGACAAAGAAGCACCGUUUUCUUUUGAAAUGUAAUCUAUAACUGGGAAAAAUCUUGACUUUGGAGUUCAACCAAAUGCUCAGAAAACAAAAUAAUAUUACCAAACAUAUUGGUCCCAAUUAAUUAUAUAAAAUUCAUGAACGUAUUAUAGUAAUAACUACUUGUAAAUGUGAUGUUUGAGACAUCAUUGGGUUAACUCUCAUAACACUUUGAGUAGUUAAUGUACAGGUAGGGCUUGUAUUAUUUCAUUAACAGGUAUUUUUUUUGACAGUGAUGGAGAGUCACAGUUCACAUUGCUUUAAAUGUGGUGUUAAAAUGUCAGUAUCUCUCACAAAUGGUUUCCUUGAAACAUCCGGGAAACAAAUGUCACUGGUUUCACACUUCUUCUCACUGUAAUUCUUAUAAACUCAUCUUCAGGUACCUUUCACCAGUGAACCUUUGAGCUGUGUCUUCACGAUGGAGGAAUCUAUUUGUAUAUCUAACAACUCACAUUUAAGCUCUUCUGCUAAGCAGAUUAGUCCUCUUUUGUUUCUACAGUUUAAUUUCUCCUUAUUUACUGUAAUAAAGAUGUUAUCUUACGGACAACCCUCAGAGAAAUUUAGUAUAGAUUGGAAUAGAUGUUUGGUAUUUACCAGUUAUGGCCUUUUUAUACAAUAUAAAUAGAAUCCUAGAAAUUGGUUUGAUACUAUUGGUUAUAUUUUGAGUGGUGCUGGUUUGCUCUCCCUUCAAUAUCCUAAGUAGAGUAUAUUCUUAUAAAUGCGUUAUAAUUAUGAACAUUGUUGAGUUGCAAUUUUUGUAUUGCAUUUUAACACUGCGUAAGACUAUUUAAGUGGCUGAGGGCUACGGAGUUAUAGAUUAGUAAUCUUUGAGCUCAUGGUUUUGUUGUGAUGGUUCAUGCAGGCCAGGAUGGCAUGCAGUCCAUUUACUUCACAUUGUGGACUUGCAUGAUCACUGAGAUCCUUAAUGACUUGUUUUUCUUAGAUCCUGUAGCCUUACAAAGACAUGACACACUGUGGAUUUCCCCCCAUAUUCCUCAUGUUGUACCUGUAGUGGGUAAUUGUACCUUUUUAUCAAGUGCUUUGCUGAGUAAGUAGUUGAUUGAUUGAUUGAUUGAUUGAUGAUGGUUGAAAAGAAGCUGGUGAUGCUGUGUCUUGUGCCUUACAGUUCCUCAAACUCCCUCAUUUGCUUCCCUUCAGGACUCAAGGUGCUCUUAAAGGGUUUUUUUUCUCCUUCUGUUGACUUGAUACCACGGUGCAGGUGGUGUACCUGAACACCAAUAUCCCCUCGUGGGUCAAUGUUAAUACAGAAAUCUUGCUGUAAACAGUUUUGUAUAUAAAAUAAAUCUGUUACUCAUUUGA